GUAAAUCUACCAGUUGGUAAGUCUACCCGGGAUUAGUAGGCUCUUGCUGUAGGGUACGAGGCCUAGCUGCUGCGGUAAAAUCACAUCACGUGUACAGAGUAUUCGUUUAGUAGGACAAGCUGGUGUGGGAAACCUGAGUGUAAGAGGUUUACAUAGGCAUCACUGAAAAUGAAGACGUUUCUGCUGAUCUCUGUGCUUUUGGGGCUUGCUCUUGGCGGUGAUGUUAUAGAACUCACUGAUGAUUCGUUCAAAUCGGAGGCCGCCCGACAUGACCUGAUGCUUGUUCAGUUUUUCACUGCUUGGUGCGGCCACUGCAAGAAACUUGCUCCUGAGUACGAGAAAGCAGCAACUGUUCUGAAGAGCAAUGAUCCUCCAGUGCCGCUUGCAAAGAUUGAUUGCGCUGAAAAGGGCAUAGAGACAUGCGGCGAUUAUGGGGUGUCAGAUUUUCCAUCAAUGAAGAUCUUUAGAAAUGGGAAGCUCUCCUCCGAGUAUCAGGGGGCAAGAAAGGCAGAUAGCAUCGUCAGCUGGAUGAAGAAACAGGCUGAACCCAUGGCGAAGAAAGUCGACGAUGUUUGGUCUUUGCAGAAGAUACUUGACAGCUCCCACCAGCCAGUCGUUGCAGGCUUUUUCACCAAAGACGGCAAAGAGAAAGAAAACCUAGUCGAGGCUGCUCCCGACCUCUUCACCCACUACCGAGUAGUCUACUCUCUCUCAGAAGAAGUCAACGAAGAAUUUGGCUACUUUGAUGCUGUUGUCCUUUUCCGACCUGCGUAUCUAAGAAACAAAUAUGAAGGCAACGAAGUAGAGAUGUCCGGCGCCAUUACAAAGACUAACAUAGAAAAGUUUGUUGGACAAAAUGGCAUGGGGCUAUGUGGUCACAUGACACCACUUAACGUGGAUUUAUUCCGGAAACCACUAGUUGUCGUCUACUACGAGGUAGACUUCCUAAAGAAUCCUGCAGGCACCAAUUAUUGGCGCAACAGGGUAAUGAGGGUUGCCCAGAACUACAGAGAUGAGGGCUUGACCUUCGCAAUUGCCUGGAAAGCCCAGUUCGAAGACGUUCUCGGAUCCCUGGGAAUCAGUUCACAAACUGAAAUCAGCGUUGUUGCAUGGCAGCAUGGAGAGAAAUUCAAGAUGGAGGAAGCCUUCUCAGUCACAACCCUGGACACCUUCGUGAAAAAGUUUUUAGCGGGAGAGCUCAAACCAUAUAUUAAAAGCGAAGAUGUUCCAGAAUUUAAUGAUGGUCCUUGUCAAGGCCGAUUUAACUCUUGUCAUUUGUUUCCGCAGGUAGUGGUGGGUAGCACCUUCAACGACAUUGUCAAGGACGACACCAAAGAUGUCCUCAUUGAGUUCUAUGCUCCGUGGUGCGGCCAAUGCAAAGCUAUGGAGGCAAAGUACACUCUACUCGGGGAGAAGUUGAAAGACGUAGAGCAUGUUGUCAUUGCAAAGAUGGAUAUAACCGCUAACGAUGCACCUGUAGAAUACGCAGUGAUUGGGAUUCCCACAAUAUACUGGGCACCCAUGGGGAGCAAGUCUGCACCCAAGAAGUACCAAGGUGGGCGUGAAGUGAACGACUUCCUAGAAUUCAUCAAGAGGGAAUCCACAUUGCCCGUCGAUGUAGGCGAGAAGAAGAAAUCAACGACCGACGAGUUUAUAAUAAGGAUGUUGGUCGAGGAUGUUUUGUAUGGGAGAGAAAAACAAAUAUAGUUAUGGAUUAUUGGUGAGAACACAUCGUGACUGGGUAGGGGAACAAAGGAACGUGAUCUUGUUGACCUCCUAGUAAGUGUGGAAACAGUUUUUUUCUGGGAAGGACGAUGGCUGACCUUGCUUCAGACUUUGCAUCCAAGUUGAGGUGUAUUUAAAGUGUUCAAAAAGUCGAAUUGAUGCAUUGGUCAAUAUCUUCUAACAGUGUUUGAUACUAACAUGAAAUACUAACUUGAAUUCUACUAAUUACCAACAUGAUUCUUAUUGUAGAAAUGUGCGUGUUUUUGUGACAUCACUGCGACGUCCUCAGGCCCGUAAUUUCAAGGUAAAUCAACAGAAAAAACUUUUCAACUGAACGUUUCGUACUGAAUGGGGAGGCACUUUCCUAUUUGAGACCUUUUAGACUAUAUUUUCGGUGACAUUAUUAACUGCAAUGUCAAAUGUUUGGAGUGGCAUGCUAAUGAGCACUACAUGCAAGGUUGUUUACGGGAUAACAAAAGGGCACCCUCUUGUUCUGCAUCAAAGAAAUCGUUGUUUGUUUUCUUCGUUUUGAAAUUUGUUUAUAACAUUUAUAUAAAAACGGAAGAAAUAUUUAGACACAACUUAUUUUGUUCUGAAGUUCUGAAGUAAACGACAUAACCAUUCUGAGAGUUAUUGAGGUUAGAAUUUCAAGAUGAUCAGUUUGAUCUUGCAUUUGGUUUUGUCAGUAAAGUAAGAAAUGUACUUCAGAGAUGUUAUCAUGAACUAAUUGGAUGAAAGGGAUUGUUCGAUAACAACAUUAAACAGGAUGUAGAUAUCGUCCGAUCACUUUGUUUGUAUCUAAAGAA